AUGCCAAAGGGAGCCACGGCGGCAGCCCGAAAGAAGGUGCAACAACAAAAGCAGCUUCGAGAGGAUGGCGACGACAAGUGUACGGGAAGACAGGUCGUGGCUGCCCUUGUGCUGGGACUAGGAAUUGGAGUUUCCAUUCUGCAGUGUAUCGCCUUUUCCGUCGAUUUGAAAACCUUUCAAAGUCAACUCAUCAGCAGCUCCUUGGCAUCUUCCGUGGGGUUGCAGCUGGGACUGGAUAGUCGUGACGGUCCUACCAUCGGAUUGACUGUGGUCCAUUGCAAGGAAGACUGGAGUCAAAUGAGCUGGAUCGAAGAGAUUCCCUCUCACUGGAGGUUGGUGGUGUAUGAAACUUGUGGGGAGCAUAUAUCCAAGUCAUCACGACCGUGGAUCAAUGCCGGCUCUGAGGAAUGUACAGGGUAUCUACAGACCAUGAUUGAACAAUACGACAAUCUACCAGACAUUAAUAUUUUUCUUCAAUCCGAUGGCCUGGUUGGACGAGGAGUUCACUCCAAAAAUUACUGGUUAGAGCAUACUCCCUUCAAGACCAUCCAAGAUCUUAUGGAUGCCACCAUGGCAUAUUCCUCUACUUGGGACGGAUCACAUUUCCUCCAUUAUGGCCCAAAGUACCUACAGCUGCUGAAUGUCAAUGCCAAGCAAAACUUUUUGGAGUCCCAUCCACGGGAAGUGCUGGAUAUUAUGCAAAUGCCGUAUCAGAAGAUUCACGAAUUUGACAAGCUUCCCGAAGCACAACAGGAUGCCACCCGAAGCUACACACGAAAAGGAGCCUGUUUUGCAGUCACCCCGGACCGAAUCCGAUCCAGGCCCGUGGAGCUAUACCGGAAACUACAAGAUAGUGUGUAUGUGGCCCUAGCACAGGGUGGGGCAAAUGCAGUACGACAACGCUGUUGUGCCUUGGAAUACCUCUGGCAUGCCGUCUUGGGAGGUCCAUACUAUCUUCCUCUCAAUGAUACUGUGGAUCAUUUGUGGCAAGCUCAAGUCAACUAUUACAAUGGCACAUGGGAGGAAGAAUUGAAACGACAGAAAGAGCAGCAACAGCCACAAUAG